GCCAGAGCCUCGAGAGACGCGUUACAGUUACCUGCUGAAGAAGACAAAAUGGCGCUGAGAACUAUGGCCUUCGUCCUGCUGGCUCUCAUGGCCACCCUCGCCGUGGCCACGCCGCUGGCCGGACACAAGCACUACGGCAGCUAUGGCUACAGAGGCUACGGCCAUGGCUUUUCCAGGGGCUUCUUCGGUCGCGGUUUUGGCCACGGCUUCGGUCACGGGGGAUUCGGACACGGGGGAUUCGGACACGGAGGAUUCGGACACGGAGGAUUCGAUGGCGCUGAGCGGCAGGUACCGACGAACACGUAUCAAUAAGAUCUGUGUGCAUUUUCCCUUGUUUUGUGAAGUCAGUCCGACUGCACCUUCGUCCUUAUUUCUCCUAGUCUUAAAUGAAGCAAAGUUCUUAAAUUCUCACCCUGGAAACAAGACCCGCGAAUGCUUCUUAACGAGUUGGAAGACCCAAGUGUACAAAACUGAACACCUUGGCUCUACCAUACUAUUUUGAGCGUUUUACUAAUCGUAAGAUAUAGUGGAAUAUAAUGAACACUUCCCCACUUUUUUUUUUACAGCCAUCCAGCUUUUUGUUUACAUUGUUAUUAACAUAAUUUAGCUCGUUUAUUAUAUGGCUUCUGUGUCUAUGGAGUCAUAAAGUUAGGUAAUGUAAAGAUAUU